AUGGCCCCUGCUACCCUCAAAGUUGCCAUCGCUGGCCUCGGCCGCAUGGGUGCUCGUCACGCUCACCACUUCUAUGCCCUCACUCCUCGCGCCGAAGUCGUCGCCGCUUCUUCUCCCGUGCAACAUGAGCUGGACUGGGCCAAGGACAACCUUGGUGGCGCUCGCACUUAUCUCGACUACGACGAGAUGCUUGAACAGGAGCAGGCGAACGGUCUGCAAGCAGUGGUGAUUGCAUCCGCUACCAGUGUACACGCCGAGCAGGCCAUCAAGGCCAUCCGUCGUGGAUUGCACGUUUUGUGUGAGAAGCCACUCAGUAUCAAUGUUGACGAGUCGCAAUCCGUCGUCGAUGCCUACAAUGAAUCUAUCCAGAAGUUCCCCAACCAAAAAGUCAUGUGCGGUUUCUCCCGCCGCUUCGACGCUUCCUACCGGGAUGCCUUCAAUAAGAUGAACGACGGCCUGGUCGGCACCCCCAGCGUCUUCCGCUCCCAGACCUGCGACAAGCUCGACCCCUCGGGCUUCUUCGUCGAAUACGCUCAAUUCUCCGGCGGUAUCUUCGUCGACUGCUCCAUCCACGAUAUUGACCUUGCACUGUGGUUCUACGGCACAGACUCGGUUGUCAAGUCCGUCACUGCUAUCGGUAUCACUGCCGUCUCCCCCGAAUUGAGAAAGUACAAUGACCGUGACAACGCACUCGGUAUUGUCGAGUUCUACGGUGGAAAGAUCGCACAGCUGUACUGUAGCCGCAUGAUGGCUGCUGGACAGGAAGACAGCACCGAGAUCAUCGGUACACAGGGCAAGCUGGCCGUCAACACCCAGCCCAUCUCCAACCUGGUUAACAUCUACGAGUCGACCGGGAUCCGUCGCGAGAUCCCCCCACACUACUAUGGACGAUUCCGGGAGGCCUUCAUCACUGAGGCGAAUGAGUUCACUGCGGCCUGUCUCGACAACACUGAAUUACCUGUCAAGCUAGAGGGCGCUGUCGCUGCUGUCCGGAUCGGAGCUGCUCUGCAGGAGAGUCUGAUUUCGGGUAAGAAGAUUGAGUUCGAUGAGCAGGGCAACCGAAUCUAA